GUUUUGCAUCUUGUCUCUGCAGGUGAUGUACUUGUUCCUACACACAGUGAAGGGCACUCCCUUUGAGACACCGGACCAAGGCAAGGCUCGUCUGCUCACACACUGGGAACAGAUGGACUACGGUGUCCAGUUCACAUCUUCUCGCAAAUUCCUCACUAUCUCACCAAUUGUUCUGUAUAUUCUUGCCAGUUUCUACACAAAAUACGAUCCCACGCAUUUCUUAAUCAACACAAGCUCCCUCCUUAGUGUCCUCCUCCCAAAGUUGCCUCAAUUUCACGGAGUUCGGAUAUUUGGGAUCAACAAAUACUGACAGAACUGACUGAGCUUUGGAUUUUUAAACACUGGACAUCUAGUUUUCUGUUUCUGCUGAACUAUUUUAAGUCUAGAGGUUGACAAGAAGAGAACCACUUGGAUUUGUCUUAACUGUACAGACUGUGUGGCGUAAUAUAUGAAAGUUGCAGUUUGUGCUGUCUCUUGCAGCAUGCCUGAGAAAAAUAGUAUAUGCACUGCUGCUGUUUCAUGAAAGUCAUUUAUUUCUUUACUGACAUUCCUUUUGUAAGUUCGUCAAAAGGCCAGACACCUUGGCUUCAAGAAAGAGCAAAUUUUGAACUGCACUGCUUUCGAAUGUGACAUUUAUUCAUUACUUGUCUGUCUCAGAUGAUUUCUGUUGCAAACUGCACUGGCUGCACAUCUGUAAAACUCUCUGUCUGUUGCCAUAAAUGUGAAUGAAUUCAUUGUGACAGCGUGGUUCAUGUUCCGAAUGAAGCUGGCACGUUUCCGUUUUCAUUUAUGCUUUUCUUCUUGAUUUACUAUGAUGGAUUUACCUGCAGCAUGCAUUUACGCGCCUACAAUAAACACUGCAGUCUGGCUAUCGGACACAUAAUCAUGUAAUUUACUGUUUUCUUAAAAAUCGGGAUGUUUUUUCCCACUUAUAAAAUGAGCAGUGAGAGCUA